UUCCCACUGACCCCCAAUGUAAGGGACAUUCUUCCCACUGACCCCCAAUGUAAGGGACAUUCUUCCACUGAUCAUCCAUAUCAGGGACCCCUCCCCCCCUCCAUACAUAUGUGCCCAGCAGUCCCCCCCCCCCUCACAUGUAAGGGACAUUAUUUGCCCAGCAGAGUCCCCCCUCACAUCCAUAUAAGCAGGACAUAUCUGCCCCAGUCCCUGACCCCUCAAUUAAGGGACAUUUGCCCAGCGGAGUCCCCCCUCAAUCCAUAUAUGCCCAUUCUUCCCACUGCCCCCCCCUCAUGUAAUAUGUGAGCAUUCCCUCCCCCUCACAUCCAUAUAGGACAUUAUUCCCAGCUGAGCCCCCCCUCACAUCCAUAUGUGCCCAGCAGAGCCUUCACAUACAUAUGUGCCCCACUGAGUCCCCCCCCCCUCAAAUCCAUAUGUGCCCAGCAGACCCCC